GGGCCCCGUGCCUCUGGGCGAAAUGAAUCCUUCCAUCCACCAAUCCACCCAUCGAUCCAUCCAUCCAUCCAUCCUCCACACCGCACUCGCCCAUGUUCGUAGACUCGUUUUGAUCACUGCGUCAGCCACAUCAGCGAGAAAUUCCAAAUCUACCAUACAACUCACAGAAUAUCGCCGAGGACUCCGUCAUGGCCAGCCAUCUCUCCAUCUUGUCCGAGCAUGUUCUCGGGGACAUGACAGCCCGGUACCUGAUCGCUCCAGAAGGACAAGUCGGAUUAUGGCUGUAUCCCACGGCGAUGAGCGACCUAGCACAGCGGCGCCCAACCGUGGCGAACGAAAGCUGGGUUCGUAGCCACUCCAAAGCCAGGCCAGCAAUGGUUGUCGAGCCGUUGGUGCAUGUCAAGCUAUCGGGCGACGACGAGCCGCCACAACUCGGCACGGGCCGAACCCUGCUGUGGUCGUCGUCCAUUGAUCGGUUCCGGCUUCUGGAUCAACGGGUGGAAGCAAACACAGUAGUCACAACGCUGUACGACGAUACCGGACUGCACAUCAAGCACCGCCUUUCUGCCGGUUUCCGGGGGCUCACAGUCCAGAGUGAGACCGUUUUCGAGAACAACUCUAGCUCUCCAGUUCGACUCGAGUUGUUGACGUCGUUCUCUCUGAGCGGCAUCACCCCUUACGCCACCGACGACGCACCUUGUCGCCUCCGCGCUCACCGAUUCCGGUCUGUCUGGUCCGCUGAAGGACGUAUGGUUACCGAAUCCAUCGAGCAGCUCCACCUAGAAAGAUCCUGGGCGGGCAACAUGAACUUCUCGGAGCGAUUCGGCCAGGUUGGGUCCAUGCCGGUGCGCGGGUGGUUCCCAACCGUGCUGGUCGAGGACACGGAAGCGAAAGUGGUCUGGGGGGCGCGGUUGGCGAUUCCUACGAGCUGGCAGCUUGAGCUGGGUCGGCGGUUUGAUGAUCUGGUUCUCGCCGGUGGACUGGCAGACCGAGAAUUCGGUCACUGGACAAAGACAGUCGAGCCAGGCCAGUCGUUUACCACUCCACAGGCUCACUUGACAUGUGUCGCCGGAUCGGUGGAUGAAGCUUGCGAUCGCCUGAUCAGCGUUGAUGUUCCCGCGAUCGAAGCCCAGCCAGCAAUGGAGCAGGACCUACCGAUCGUUUACAACGACUACUGCACAAGCUGGGGAGAGCCUCGCGAAGACCAGUUGCUCGCUAUUGCCGACAGGAUCGCGCCGCUUGGUGUCCGCUACUUGGUCAUCGACGCGGGUUGGUACAUGCCAAUGAACUCGGGUGCACACUGGGCGACGACUCUGGGCGACUGGCGCGCGCAUCCAAGUCGAUUUCCCAACGGACUGGCAGGUACGGCGGCAGCAAUCAGGAAACGCGGGCUUGUUCCGGGUAUCUGGAUGGAGCCUGAGCAUGUGGCGAAAGACUCAGACGCGUUCGCUGAGACCGACCACAUGCUGACAAGAGAUGGGAAACCACUAACGUUGGGGCUCCGUCGCGCCUGGAACUUGCACGAUCCCUAUGCGAAGGCGUACAUUGAGGACCGUGUCAUUGGAAUGCUUGGUCAAGCCGGGUUUGGUUAUGUCAAGAUCGACUACAGCGAAACGCUCGGCAUUGGUGUCGACCAUCCCGACGGGCUAGGAGAGGGGUUGCGGCGCCAGGGCGAAGGCUCCCAUGCGAUAUUUGACCGGAUCAGAGAGGCGUUGCCCGACCUAGUGAUCGAACUCGUCUCGGCUGGCGGACACCGUAUGGAGGCGUCGUUUCUCCAGCGUGCCGCAAUGUGCAGCUACUCGGACGCGCACGAGACAAUCGAGAUACCCAUCAUCGCCGCGGCCGUACACCGGCUGAUGCUGCCCCGGCAGUCUCAAAUCUGGGCUGUCCUGCGCCAAAACGACUCUCUUCAACGAAUGAACUACAGCAUGGCGGCGACAUUCUUGGGCCGGAUGUGUCUUUCCGGCGAUAUCCUUGACCUGGAUGAAACUCAACUCUCCGUUGUGGAGUCUGCAAUCGAGCUCUACCAGAAAGCUGUUCCGGCUAUCAAGUAUGGCAAGAGUCGAAUCAAGGGCGAUAUCGGGCCCAGCUGGCGCCACCCAAGAGGCUGGCAAGGCGUGGUUCGGACCACGGAAGACGAUGGAAUUGUCGUCAUACACACUUUCGAGCAGACACCCGAGGAAUUCUCUGUCCAACUGCCCGGGACGGAUUGGCGAAUCGUUGAGGUGCUCACUCCUCUAGCAGUCAACAUGGAUGGCGACUGCCUUAAGGUCGUUGGUGCAUCGGCUUUCGAUAGCCAAGUUGUCCUUGUGCGAAGAGGUGCAGUUUAGACUUCACCAUUGGGUUGGCUGAUGGGAGAAGUGCUGCGUUCCGCAGUUCAACUCUGCCUAGAAGUAGUAAGUAGGUUCGUAUACUUAGGUACUAGUAGCUAGUGGCUCGCACACGGUCGUCGUCCAGUUCAAAUGCAUCUUGUCACUCUGUUCAUUCUGACAGAUGGCGCACAGUUUGUGGGAAUAGCCUAGCUAGAACAAACAGCUUAUAAAACAACCUCAACGAUCCUAAGCCGAGACACGUCACACAGCCCAUCCCCUUGAGUUGUUGCCCAUAGAUUGCUACAAAAUGAGAAGGUGCCGCGAAGCUGGGGAGUAGAAGUCCAUCGUAACCCUGUGGCAUGGAGUUCCGCGUGUCCGCAUGUUAAGAUACCAAACAAAGCCCUAACUAAG